CCGAUACCCUCGUGGCCCAAAAUGGCACCCGGACCGGUCUCUGGAACAUCACCUUUCAGGAUGUGCAGGUCACUACCGCAGAUGGUGGUGGCAGUAAGCUUGACAAUGGCGUCUGUUGGACGGGACACCGUUGGAAUCGCAACCUGCUUAAGGGCUCUGAUCCCUGGACCUCCGUAGACAAGUGCUUUCAUAGACAUUUUCGGCUGAUAUAACUGUAUGCGUUCAAUUGGCUGGACUCAAUAUGGCGAGACAAUACAAUGGACGGGAACUGAGAAGAUGCUGAGAAAGGGUGUAAGAGGGAGAACGGCGAAAGACUGCCUUUAUAUACCAGAAAAGGCCACCCCUCCCUUCUCUAACACCAUGACGUUAAACUUCUCAAUGGCCCACCCGGACUCCCCCAAAUAUAUGGUACCAUCGCCCCUGUGGCCAGCUACAACUCCGAGAUGUUCAUACGUACGCGCAAUGAUUUUAUGGGGAGAGAUUCAUGCACAGAGUGCGGGACAGGCAGAGAAACUGUGUGCGUGGUAUCAAACUGAAGCCUUGGUGUCCCCACCGCUGUCUCGGACUUCAGUGGCGUGUUUCACGGUGGUUGGAGCCCGUUGUACUGAGCCAAUUGGGCAGCACCAAUUGCGUUGUAGCGUCUCCUUGCACCCACGCUCUCCCUCUCUCCCUGCGUCGAUUGAUUACGAUUCGCCUUCACUCCCUUUAGCGUACUUUGGGAGCCCCCCCCCUAGAACUUAUCAUUUCACCCGACCUAUGCGGCUAAUGCCUGUGCUGACCAGGCCCACCAACACCACUGCCACUAUUCCCACGGCUCCCACUGCCUAAUAUGUAAACAUGCUGCUGCUGAGUUAUUGUUAAGGCUGCCACGAACUCCGCAACACCCCAGAAGCACUGGCAACACGCAAAUUAUGCAUAUGACACCACCUGGAAGAGGACACAUCUGGCAGAGGACGCACCUUGGAAACAUGCUUCCAUGGACACAAUGUGCUAAGCCAUUGUGGUA